GGUGGUUUUAAUGCAUCAACUAUUCUUGGCAACGACAGUAGAUACUUGGAGAAUUUAGCGUCGUUUUUGGAGCCCGUGAUCAAUAGCUCAGUCCGUAGUAGGUUUGUGAGGUGUUGGCACGCUAUAGAGGACGGCUGGGCGGCGUCUACGUUCCACGGCAACUGUGAUGACAAGGGACCCACUGUGACUAUCAUUCAAGUCGGCAGUUUAAUAUUUGGUGGAUAUAGUGACUUAUCAUGGAAAGAGCCUGGUGAGUACAUGUACCAGAAGGAUCAGGACUUGUUUUUUGUUUGCUAACAAUGAAGAACGAUAAAGUAAUACAGGGAGAAAGUAAUUCCUCAGCAAUCAGAAUUGACCAUUUUCAUGAUGACGUCACUUGAUAUAAGUAACAGACGUUUGUUUUUCUCUACUUCGCAAUUUAAAUUAAAUUAUCCCGGUCAGGUUUAAAUCUUAUAAGAAUCGAUUUAGAAAUACAUUUCCUUAAAACAAAAAUCAAUGAUAAAAAAGAAACUUGUCUUCAUGUCAUCAUUAUCAAAGAAAAUAUAUAUUUCCAAGAAUUGUGUUGAUUUCUUAUGUUUUGAUAAUGAUGACCUAAAACCAUCCCCAAGUUACUUUUUUAUCGUUGAUUUCAUUUUUAAAUUACAACAUCAAUAACCAAAAUCUUGCAAAAUUUGGUUUCGCCCUCUCCCUACAAAAACCCAUUAAGGGACCACUCCACAGGAGAGGACGCUUCUGGUCCCAGCCUAAUUUUACUGAAUCAUGUUAAUUUCUUAUCUUUUGAUAAUGAUGACAUGAAACCAUCGAAACGUCAAUUUACUUUUUUAUCGUUGAUUUCAGGUUUAAAUCACAACAUCAGUAAACAUAAUCUUGCAAAAUUUGGUUUCGCCCUCUCCUUACAAAAAGCCAUUAAGGGGCGAGUGGAAAGGAGAGAACGGCUCUGCUCCCAGCCUAAUUGUACUGAAUUAUCUUUAAAGCUCUCUAACUAUGAACUGCGAACUCUUUUUAAUGAAGCAAAUUGUGGCUUACGAAUUACCCCCUCCUCCCCCCCGGGGGUCACGGUAAUCACAAGGAUUAAAAAAGGAAAAUUUUCCAUUAAUUGUAAAACGCCAAUGUAGUUACAUCCAUGAACAUUCAUAAGCAAAAUUACCUUUAAAAGCUGAAUGAAACAGAAUCAAGUGGUUCAGCCAUGCAGAGGUUGAAAAACAUGAUCAGGUGCAUGUGUGAUACUGUCUGUCAUUUGUAUUUUAUGGAAUUUAAUUAGGUUUCAGGCUUUGUUAUAAUUCAAUAGAUCUGAAUUCAGUUAUGAUAUCACGUUAUACAUUCUAGUUUGCACCAUGCUCUUUUCUACUAACACUGAGGGAUUCCAGUUUAGGGAGAGUUCCCUUUCUGCUCAUAGUAGUUUGUUACUCCUCUAAAAUUGCCUAACUGUUUCUAAAAUAAUUUUCUCCUCCCCGACUAAUUUCAAACUCAAUACAGUGUCAUUACUGUUCUCAGCAAGACAAUAAAUGGAUGUGUAGCCUGAGAAAACAGCCGACAUUUGGCGACGCUACCGCUGGAUUCCCCGCCAAAUGACGUCUGAGAAACAAGCGCAGAAAUUCCAUACUCAUGACGCGUCACUACCAGAUCUGGGUAAUGCUUCUGAUUGGUUGAAUCAAAUUUCCCAGGCGGUAGUGACACGUCGUCAGUAUGGAAUUUCUGCGGCCGUUUCUUAGUCGUCAUUUUGAGGGGAAACCAGUGGUAGCGUCGCCAAAUGUUGGCUGUUUUCUCAGGCUAACGGAUGUAUGGCUCAUAACAGGAACUUUGAAAACCUUAUACAAAUACAGCAAAUUUUAAAAAUAACAGUAAUUCAUGGGUUGUCUAGGAAUGUUUGUAUGUCAAGCCGGACUUGCACUCACUAUUUUAAACUGAAGUCCGGAUCAUUGAAUAUUCCUAGAAGCAGAUUUUUUGUGACCGCCUUUACUAAGGUCAGUAAGAAUUGUAAAAAAUUUCGUCAUUAUCUCCCAGGUGGUUGUCGGUUUGGAUAUUCAAGUAAAGCCUUUAUCUACUCAUUGACCAAUAACAACGGUCCUGGAAGCGCGGUGUACAAUCCUGUUAAGCUGCAAGUCAAGCCUGAUAGUUACCAGUAUGCUGUAACAAGGUGUAAUGUUUAUGGACCAACAUUUGGCUCGAAUGAUAUUCUAAUAACAAACAACGCUGCAAGUAAACCGGAUUCUUCAACUUCUUGUGGCACGUACUACCCCCUCCCCUCAGGGUAUUCUUUAUCUGGUCGCAACUGUAAACUCUAUGCUGGAAGCUACCGAUUCACGCCAACAGAUAUCGAAGUAUUCUAUGAAACAACCACAUAA